GUACGGAGGGACAAUCUCAGGUGUGCGAUCAGGUUUCGGGAGAGUGAAUUUAACCCUUCGAGGGCUUCCCAUGGAAAUACAGGGGAAACGGUGCUUCUGAGAGCCACGAAGGGUUUGUGUGAUUUUGUACGAUGAAUGGGGGUGAGAGGAAGGCCUCGUCGAAAGCUGAGAACCGGCGCGAUGGCACAGUUUCAACGAACGAUUGUGAAAAACGCGACGAGGACGAGCAUUCUUGGUGGGCAAGUGACAGUGGAUCGAGCACUGGGUCAUAUUACUCUGACACUGAGAGCUCAAUCGUCGAGUGGGAGUCUGAGAUAGGACCAACUGGUGAUGUAUUCUACAUCGAGUCCUCUCCGGAGACGCAGAAUAACAAUGACAGACUGUACAAUGAGCAGUUGGAGUCACCGCCGCCGGAAUUGAUGAGACGUCGUAGCACGAGGGCCGGGAAACUAAUGAGACUGAUAAGACGCAGGGAGAGUAAGAGAUACAGUACGAGAAUAAAGAAAUCGAAGAAUGGAGUGUCGAAGCAGAGUGAGAGUGGUGCGAUGCACAAGGAGGGGAACGGGAAUAAAGAAGUUAAAUUUCAAGAUUAUCAGGCGGGAGAAAUCCGCGAAGUGAUGCUGUGGGUUGACCCUGACAAGCGCCACAAACUGGGUCGCCGAGCGACCCUGUGUGAGGCGUUCCUGGGCAUAAGCCCGGGAGACUUCUCCGACAAAAUUCGAGUGAUGGUAGCGGGCUUUAUCCCAGAUGGUGAAGCGAUGAAGAACAAGAACAUAAAAAUAGGAGACUGGUUGCGAAGCAUAAACUCCCAGGAAGUAACCAGCAACAACCUGGAGCACAUACUCUCCGAGUUGACGUCCCCAACAACGAUCAAACUGGAGCUGCAGCGCGUAGCAGGUGUGGAAGUCACCAGCACAGAGGUGCCUCCCUCAAGCGUUCCAAAACAAACGCCGCUAGUUCGUCGUCUCGUGGACAAAGAAGAAACGAAGAAGCUGAUGGAGUCCUUGCUGGACUACUCCUUCGGCGUGAUUUACCUGCAAACAUCUGGACUCUCUGAGAGCGGUCCAGAGUUGCAGGGGGUGACGUAUACGUACCCAAGAUCGGAGAGCAAAACACAUUCCAUUUUAUGCACGGCUAGAGGCGCCUUCAUAACCCUGAACCACAUGCUCCCUGAAACCCUUGGAUCACAGCCCAUCAGCACAACUAUCUCAGUUGGUAGUGAAGACAUUCACAUUUUGUACUGUCCUCGAGGUGACGAGCUCCUGCUAAUGGCCAUCCCUGGACGAUGGUACACACUGGAGGAGUCCCUAGAGCUCAUGACGGAGACAACGAGAACACUGGAGUUCACGUACCAGAGUCUGACCAAGUGCUUCAACAAAGAGGAUCACCACGAGGUGCUAGACCACUUCUUCUGCCUGAUCUUCACGAAUCUUCUGAAGUUGAGGACUGAAGACACUGCUGGAGAUGUUCCGAUGCAGUUUCAGCUGGAGAGCAGGAGGAAAUGUGAGUUCGAGGAAGUUAUUGGUGCUCCGCAGAUGAUCAAUUUGCCCAGGGACGCCCAGAUUCAGAUUGAUGCAGCCUUGAACGAGAUGGAGGCAAUGGACUAUCGGGACUGGAACGAAGAUCCAAUGGACUGCCAAAGGCUGUACACUAUUUAUGGCUCGUGCCUGUACCACAAGAGCUACCUUCUGGCCUCUCAUCUGGCCAAGGAUGAUUUGAUUGAUGUCCACUCAUUCCUCAGGCAGAAUGGACUGCUGAAUCUCGUGGAGAACGAAACAACUAAGUCCCUCGUUCUCUGGAGAACGGUGUUCCCUUCUUCGUGUGGCAGGGGGGAUCCAGGGGAGACCAGUGGAGCUGCUGGUGGCAAGUGGUUUCUGUUGGUCGUUGGGUUUGGCUCUGAACUGCUGGCUGUUGUCUUGGAGAGCGGCGGGUGCACUGCUCGACUCGAGGAGAACGAGGGACCUGAUGUCUUCUACGUUGAAGAGGCGCAGGAGACUCUCAAGCACAUUCAGAAGAUUGGGAUCUCCACUCUUGCUGUCAAGUGGAUCUCUGCAAAUGCCAGACCGGAAACGGCCGAUGUGCAAGAGCGGAAUAGUGUUAGAAGUUCGAGCACCAUUGCCGAAAAUUUGCUGGGGCUCAUCAAGCCUCCGGAGACUGGAGCCGUUGGGGGUAAAAGUUAUGCGAGUCCCGUGGGUGCGAAGAAGAUCCCGGAAGUCACGUCGAUUUUGAAGAAACGGAGUCCAGAGCAGAGCCCUGUCAUGUCGGGGUCAGUUUACUCUCUUCAAACGUCGGAGGACUCCAUGAGUCAGGGGACUGGAGCUGUUUCUGAAAUGAGUGACGAAGCUGCUCCAAUCCUGGGGAGGCGUGCCACGAGAGAGAGAAAUCUAGCAGCGUCCAGGCUAUCGGAUGACAGUGAUUCUGACGUCGAGAUUUACAGAAAUGACAGCCAAACGUGUUCAAUGGACGUAUCUGACAUCCGCGAGAGUCUAUUGAAUCAGGCAGAAUACAUAGCUCCAACAAAGCUAACAGCUGGAGAUAAGAACUGCCUCCUGCAUUAUGUCCACCUAGACACCCUUGAAGGCGUACUACUAUCCUCCCGGACCAUCGAACAACCUGAUAAAAAUUCAGAGAUAAUAGCGACUUUCAACGAGUGUGCCCACAGCAUUCACAAGCUCUUGAACAACGCUGUAAGAUUCAAGAAAAUGCUGAAUGAGGACGUGGAUAAGACAGCAAUCAACAAGAAUCUCGUAGCUAUCAAGGAGCAUGGAGUACUCUUUGAGUGUGAGAGCCUGAGCUUUUGGGUCGUUGGGAGGCUGUAUGCAGUACCACAGGCUAAAGAAUUUUACGUCUGCUACGAGGACACUGUUCCCCAGAAUCUUGUGGAGAUGGCAUUCAGAUUGAACAUAAACUGGAGCUGACUUGAUCGUAAUUGAU